AUGACCUCCAUAACCGUUCUCCGAGAUGUCUCACCUACCCAACUAGACGAGCUGAUCGAACUUGCGUGCCGCAUUUGGGUUGAUGAUCCAGCUUUCUCGAUGCUAUUCACCAAGCAUCACGACAACAGGAUUGAGAACGUUCGUGUGAUAUGGCGACUCAUUCUCAGAUAUGAGAUGGCAAAGGCUGGUACCAUGAUAACCGUCGCUAGGGAUGUGUCCGAAGCCGGAGGGGGACAGUAUGUUGGCCUCGGCAUUUGGCAACGACAUGGCACGUCCGCGAAAGCAAAGUCGUGGCAGGUUAACAGCCUGCGCAAACGUCUCAUGAUGCUGCAAGUUGCUUUGGAAUACUGGUAUCGGCUCUUGGUCGGGUCUUUGCCAGCCAGCAAGGUCAAGGAGUUGAUGUGUCAGCUGAAUAAAGCCCAGAACAUGUAUCCAGCUGAACGAUGGCGUCUGUGUUGGCUUGGCGUAUGUCCUGACGCUCGAGGUCGCGGUGUUGGGAGGGGACUGAUUCAAUGGGGGCUUGACCGUAGCGAUGAAGAAGCUGUGCCCACGGUUCUAGAAGCUAGUAACGCGGGUGCUAUUUUGUACAGAAAAUACGGCUUCAGGGAGAUUGGGAGGCAGAGUUUUGAUGACGGCAAGCAUACACAGCCCAUUAUGCUUAGGGAUGUAGUCGGGUCAACUCCGUAG